AUGCAGAUCUUCAAUGUGGUAGGGGCCAGGGCCACGCAGCAGCUGCGGCUGUUACUUAUUCAUGGCAGCCGCGUCCGUCACGUCGGACAGGGAGACCAACAUUGCGGUGCAGCGAUCGGGCGGCCAAAAGGAGCGGUCGUUGAAAGAAAGCUCGUUUGGAAGUUUGGCGGUAGGAGUGAGCGGCGCGCGGCGGCAGGCAGGGCAGGGCAGGGCACGGCAGGGCAGCGGCGGGUGGCGUCGGCUGCGCGGGCGCUCGGUGUCGGCGGCGAGUGCUCAGUGCGCGGCGAGGCGCGGCCACGGACGGAGGUCGCGACCGCGAGCGAUGCCUGCACCGUCACCAUGGACGUCUGGAGCGGGCCGCCCGCUGCGUGCGUGCGCGCACCGCCCCAACUGAGCCCCGCGCCGCCCACCGCCGACUUCGCGGUCGCCUUCUUCCCUGCCGCCGGCGCGCGUCCGCACCGCGCCCAAGGUGCGUCACCAACACAACCCCCACCCCACCCACACAGAGCACGCUCCUCACACGUCUCUACGGCCAACGACAACAAACACACACGGACGGCGACACCCCUCUCACUUGCAUCGCUGCAUCGCUGCAUCCCUGCCUUCUACGGCAACAAGGAACAAGGUGCCCGC